CCUUAGUGUUACCACAGGCUGAAUAUUGCAACUGAACUUUGAAGUAACUUUAAUGGUCAGAUUAUCUCGAUCUCUCGAGUCGACAUGCCCUGUAGUUGUAAAGGAUUUGAGGCAUGCAUUGACAGAAAGCAUUCCAGUUCUACUUAGGGUAGGCAGGCGCCUCGCACCAUCCCUUCUCAGAACCAUAUAUAUAUGAAGGGUACUCCACACCCUCGCCUUUGAAAUUUGAGCGCUCAAAGACAUCUAUCUUGCUCUUCAAAUAUAUUCCACCGAAUCCAAUCACAAUGGGCCAGUGUUUCAGCGACACAGCAAGUCUCACCGAUUUCGUCAACAGGCCAGGUGAGGAAGACAAGCAACUCACGGCUCAGGAUCUUGAGCGUGGCUUCAACCUAACGGCCGAGGCGCUCAAGAAGGAGAAGAAACAGAUCACUAUCGUUGCUGUUGGGGGCGCUAUCAAUACGAUGUUCCUCCGCUCCCGCGCCUCUACAGGAGAUGUAGAUUUCUUUAGCGUUGAUAGGACAAACCACAAGGUCUUGCAAGGUGCAAUCGAAAGCACCGCCAAGACCAUGCAGCUUGGUAAAGGCUGGAUGAACAACCACACCGCCAUUUUCAUCCCCGCCGACACUAUGAACAACAUUUAUAAUGAAGCGAUUCGCAAUAAUGUAGUCGUCUUCAAUAAGCCUGGGCUCAAGGUGGUCGCCGCGCCCUGGAUGUACUGUCUGGUAGCGAAACUGGAGAAAGCCGGGAAGGCUGGGAAUUCGAAGAGCUAUGAUAUGUCGGAUGCAGCACAGUACCUGAUGCAAGAAUCCAGGAGGUGCAAUGCAAAAAUAAAGGUGGCAAACAUUCACGCCAAGGCGGUAGAGUAUGGAGUCAAAAUACAGGCAGCAAAGGUGGUCGAGUUAAAGGCUAUGUGUGGAGCGUACAUGGAAGGAUGAGUCGGGGUAGUAUGGUAGUAUAAGACAUGUAUGAUAUUGUUUGACCAAAACUCGUGAGUGG